CGACACGUAGCAGUGGAGUCCCGACACCAAGCAGGAACGGAGCUGGAUCUGGCCGGCACUGGAUCAGAACCAGUUUCUCGGAGGUUGCUCACGCAACCCGCUAUCAGUACCACCACAGAGAAAGAUUGCCACUCUUUUGUAAUAUCAGAAGAGGCUCUUUUAAAGUCCUGUGCCAGUGCCUUGCUGUUCCAAUGUGCAAUGCCAAAAAGUGACACCUGGCCAGGGGACAUUGCCGUGGAAUCUGUGACCGGUAUGGACAGUGCUGGUAGCUGUGAUAGUGUGGUCAGCAUCAACUCUGGCUUUAGUGAUGAUAGUUUUGGACACCUUUCUGCUGAGGAGAAAGCAACCCUCAUGUACCUAGAAGAGACCAUUGAGGCUCUGGAGGUAGAAGAUGACAGCGGUUUGUCUAGCGAUGAGCCUGAUCGCCCAUCUCAUGACCUGGCUGGAAAAAAUAUUCAUCAACCCUCCAUCAACCUCAACAAACCUGAGGAGCUAUUAGCCCAUGAGGACCCAAACCAAGUCAUGGGAAAACAUCGCAAACCAUCUCAGAAGUACCUUGUGCCAACUCCAUUACUCCUUGCCAGUGGUAAUAACAAAUUAACCAGUAGACCUGUUGAAUCAUCUCCCAAAGAACAACCUGUGGCUUUUCUUGAUGUACCUGAUGGGUUCAGAUCACAAUCUUACCAUCAGCAAACUGGACUGGCAGUUUCAGAAGGAACUGCUCCUUCCAACGUUGUUACUGCUAAACCAAGCAUUGGAUUAUCGAGUGAUGUGAUUGACUUGCCACCUUCUUUCAUACCUGAACCACCAGUUAGAGCAAAUUUGCCCAGACACUCGAACUCGAAAGAGAGUUCUCCUAAGAGUUUGGAUGUCAAGUCACAGCAGAAGCCCCAGAAAGCUUCCUCAAAGAUUCCGGUGGGUUUGAUUCCUCCACCCUCAGACUUCAUGGAUGAACCAGCAGAGAGGAGCACCACAACACAUUAUUCACCACAGCCAACACCCGUUUUCGAUGAGCCACCAGAAUGGACUCCUGAACUCCCGAAAACAAAGCCAAAACCUGGUGGUGGAACAGAUGAGCCUGCUGAGAUGAGAAAAUCCCAAAGUGCUGACCCAGAAACCUCAAGAGGAAUUCACAAUGAGCUUGAGAAUUUGCACAAGAAGGCCUCCAUGAAGAAAGCGCCUCAUUUGACACCAUUAAUGUUAUCACAACAUGCUUCCGCAGACAAACCGAUAACACCUUCAACAUCUUCAGAACAUGUACCUGGAGUUCCAAAAGAUUACAGUGACAACAAAAGCCCACCAGUUGUGGCUCCCAAACCCAAGAAACUGCCUUCUAAUAUCAUUCUCAAAAGCCACAAAGAUAUGGGUGCUGCACACACUUUAUUACCACAGAGUGACCGUCCUCAACUUGAUCCACAGAAGACACGAAUGGAAGCAUUGAGAAAAUUAGGCCUGCUGAAGAGUGAGGAUGUCGUUUCCGGGCCCAAUGUCUCUUCUAAUCGAUUACCAACAUUCAAAGCUAAAGAUACCCCACUUUCCUCCAAUAACCCAAGCAUUUACAUGGGGGCACCCAAGGUAGAAGCAGUACAGGACUCUAGACAAGCUGAAAGUCCUGUACCAGGAGUGGUGCAGUCACAAAUAGACAUGCCAAAACUCAUAGAUGCGGCAAGUAGGGAAGGUUCUUUAAAGAAGCAACAAGCAAUACCUUAUGAGGUCAAAUCAGCUUCUCUGGAGCGAUCAGGUGUUGGUCUAAGCAGCAUUGUCAUUGAACCCACCGCACAGGCAACAACUUCAGACAAGACCAAUAUUGAGCGGCGAUCAGGUGUAGGUCGGAACAGCAUCAUCAUUGAUCCGACCCUACAGGGAACGAAUCCAGACAAGACCAAUACUGAGCACCGAUCAGGUGUAGGUCGGAACAGCAUUGUCGUGAAACCAACAUUACACGCAACAAAUCCAGACAAAACUAAUGUUGAGCUAUCGCCAGGUCAGUUACGAAAGAACCGAAGUCGACCUCCUUCUGCAGGAAGCGCAAAGGACUUCGGUAUUGGUCAUCCAGCUGAUGAUUCAAACAAAUCACUUAAUGCUGCUUCAGUUCAGCCUUCACAGCCAGGUAACAACACCCAAAAGUUGCCCCGCUCCAGUGGAAUAAGCGUUCUGAUUACACCACAUGGUAAAAAUGGCGAGAACCGACAAGAUGCCUUGAAGAAACUGGGCUUAUUGAGGAAAUAAACAGUUUGCUAUCUGCCUUUCUCUAAAUUCUGUACUUCUGGGUACAGAAUUCACAAUUUAUUCUGGGUACAAGGAUCGUUAGCACUGUAAAACAGAAUGUUGAAUUGGGUCUCACAUAAUAUGGAUAUUAAGACAUAAUCAGAAGUACCUGCUGUAGUAUAGUUUUUUUUCUGGAUCUUCAGCAAUAUUGGCACUUUUGGUUUCAGCUUGAUGGUUGAUUUGCAUCCUCUGCUACCUGCUUAAAUAAUCAUCACAACAUAGCAUAUGCACUUUCUUGUAAGUUGUUUUAGUAAGAAAGGUAAGGAAAUUAAUGUAAACAUCAUAGCAUCAAAAUGAAAUCAAAAUGGACCUUAUUCACUUUCUGAAGGCAUGUCCCUGGUCUUAUGCACGAUUCAACCAUGUAUGUUAUUUAAAAGAGAAAGAAAGUCUUUCUUAGUAAUAUUUAAACAAAAUGUAAUAACUUUCUCCAACUCUGAAUCGACUUUCAUUUUUGGUUGACGUCACAUCGGUCGUGUAGGCUAUUGGUUAAUGGUAACCAAUCGCAAAAUAGCUAUUUAGGCAUUGUUAUAGACCUUUCUUAAUCCAGUAAGAACCAAUUGCCAAUAGUUUAUGCAGUAAUUUAAUGCCAGUUAAUGUUAAAGGUGCUGUAAGCGAUUGUUUUUCAUGGAAAGGUAUGCAACAUUUUUUUACUACUCCCUGAAAGAUAUGAAUGAAAUAAGUGUCUUGAGAUAUCUCACCGGUCUCUGUGACAGCUCUAGACUCUGUAAACAGCAAACAAAAAUGUGUCCGCAGACUGCGGACAAUGACGCUUUCUGCCUGUCAAUCAUUUUGCUCGUUCUCAUAGUAUUGUACAGCUAAUUAUAAAGGCAUAAUGUCAUUUUUAUGCCAUGUUGCUCAGACCACUUAUCUGUUAAGGGCACUAUUUUGCUGCUGUUGUUUUUGACAACUGUUUUUGCUUGUGUCGGUCUCAAUAAAGCUUUUUUUUUUUUUUUUUUUUUUGGAGUAUGGGAUUUUGGAAAAAAGGGAGCGUGGCUAAUCCAACGACACAGCUUGUGGAUAUUCUAGAAGGUCUAAAAUCACUUACAGCACCUUUAAUACUCAAAUCUCAUCUCUGGUGUAUAUAUUUUUUGUUGUUGAAUGGUGCUGUACACACCAUAUUAAAUAAACAUUUUUAAUAAAGCUGCUAUUCUUGAAAAUGAAUAGAUUAUUGUUUACUAAUGAGUCAAUAAUUUUAUUCUUCUACAGAUUUAAUAAUGUGGCAUUAUUUAUGAGGGGUUCUUAAUGAAUACAAAUUUGGACUAUACUGAGGAAAAAGAAAAGAACAAAGAUAAAAUCACACUUUUAGAUUUUGAAGGUAAAUGGGUAGUUGACAUGCCUAGAUGUGUGACAUGCGAUAAAGUACAAAAAUUACAAAGUUCUGCUAUUUUUAUAUUAUAUUAUAUUAGAAUAUAUUGUAUUAUUAGUAGCUUUUAUUACCUCAUUAUUUGAGACAACAUGAAAUAUUAUACUUUUAUAAUAUCAUAUGUCAUAAAAAUCAUUUGUCACACUGCAGGACCAUUCAAAAUGAACUAAUGAAGGCAAAAGGUAAUUAAAAAUGGUGGGAAAAAUCUUAAAAGAAAUGACAAAAGUAACAGGGCCUUAC